UUGAAGCAGGAGGAGGGCGAAACAAAUGAUGGCAAUCCUGAACUUUUCUCCCAAGGAAGAGCCCUGCUGCAGCAGGCCCAUGAACUGGCGCGACACCCCCGCUAUGGUGCUUGUUGGACAGGGGCCUUGGGGCAAUUGGAUGCUAAGUGCAGGGAGUUGAAUGAGGAGCAGCAAAGCCGUAUUGCUCUUGCACUUGCCCAUUGCCACUUGCAACGAUCUGGAAAGAGGUUCCCUCCCUGUGAGCCAACUAGUUCCAUUUCUGAUUGCACGCAGCCCAUGGAUCCCCUGGCCUUUGGUGUGUACACCGAGUUUUUCACCCAUGCUCAUAGUAUUUGUCAUUUUCUGCACAAUGAGGCCUGGCAGCAACAAGCCCAUGAUACCAUUUACAGGCUGACAUCCUCUUCAAAGGCUGUGGCCCUCCAGCUGGAAUCCACCUAUCGACUUGCCGAGGAUACUGCCCGGGCACAGAAUGCCACCUUGCAUUCUCAGGAGCAGAUCCUGCAUGAUGGGGAGCUGCUCCGGCGGAUGCUCCAUGAAUCCUCUCAAGGUAUACGCCAUGCUUUCCAAGAGUUGCAGGAUUCAGCAGCUGAGCAACGCGUCACCUUUGCCGAGAUCUUCAACCGAGUAGCAUUCCUGCACCAUUUUGUGGUGGGGGAGUCCAGUGCCCUUUACUCCAUCUUCUUCCAUCUUUUGGGUGGAGCAGCCAGCCUGGUGCUCACCUCUAGCCAGCGAACUGCAGGAGCACGGUUCAUUUUGCUGACCUUGGUAGGAGCUAACAUUUACCUAGAACGUGUCAUCUGCAGCCUUCUCAUGGAUAACUUGGAGGAGAGCUAUGACCUGACGGAGACCAUUUCCUUCUGGGUGGGCCUGUCACGCCGGGGCUUCACUGGCCUGGGCUUGGCCAUUGUGGCCUUCUUCAUCUGGACCUACAAGGACCCAGCCAAACAGAGUCAGGAAGUGCUGCAAACUCUACAGGAGACCAGGACAGAGAUUCAGCAGCUUCUGCAAGAAACAGAGAUGCUGUUGGCUAAAUCAGAGCUCCUGCUUCAAAACUCUGAGCUCAGUGCAGAAUGUCAGGUGUCUGCGGACUUGGGAUUCCCAGAACUGCUGUCCUAUUCAGGGUGUAGAGCUGAAGUAUCAGGAAAGGAGCACUGGACUGGGCAGCCAAAAAGGGAAGAGCUAUGGGCUAGCAGCCCCAAGCAGAGAGGACGUUCCCCAUCCCGCCAGCGCUCACCAUCCCGCCACUGCAGUAGGACCCAGAGGACUGUUGCCCAACCACUGGCAAUCCCUCUUCCUCUGGAGGGGGCUUUGCAGUACAACCUUCGGAGCCGGCGAUCCCUAGGAGCCCCUCACUCUCUAAUUUAUUACUAAUGCUCUGCUUGCUCAGCCCUGGCCCAAAUGUGAGGACUCCA